AUGUAUAUAUAUAUGUCCUCAAUCACCAGGACGGCGUCCAUCAGUCUCUCCAAAGAUCGGUCCGUCUCAGGCUUCGCUUUCUAUCCGAUCAUGUCUCACUCAGGUGCUCAGGGCAGCAUUGGCAGCCAUUCCGCCAUAGGACUUCGCAACAACAAGAUAUACCUCUAUGAGUAUGAGAACUUCCAAGGCCGUAGAAUGGAGCUGUUUGGAGAGUGCCGUAACCUGUGUGAGAAAGGUUUUGAAAGGAUUGGCUCCAUCAGGGUAGAAUGUGGACCCUGGGUGGGUUACGAGCAGCAGGACAUGACUGGUGAGAUGUUCAUGCUGGAGAAGGGAGAGUACCCCCGCUGGAAUACCUGGUCCAACAGCUACAGGUGUGACCGCAUGAUGUCCGUCAGACCCGUUCGAAUGGAUGCCCAAGACCACAAGAUUUGUCUGUAUGAAUGUACAAACUUUGAGGGUCGUAAGAUGGAAGUGUGUGAUGAGGAUAUUCCAAGCUUGUGGUCUUACGGCUUCCAGGACCAUGUUGGCAGCAUUCAGGUCACAGGUGGAACCUGGGUGGGCUACCAGUAUCCUGGCUACCGUGGCUACCAGUAUGUGCUUGAAAUGGGUUCUUACAAGCAUUGGAACGACUGGGGGGCCCACCACCCUCAGAUCCAGUCCAUCCGCAGGGUGAGAGACAUGCAGACGCACCGUCGAGGCUGCUUCGAGCUGACCCCCUAGACGAGUCCAGGCUGAAAACCGGAGGAGCUCAGCAUCGUCACAACUCUGUUCAAAAGACCACUUAGUUAAAGGCUUUUAGAAAUUGUUACAUUAUUUAUAGGUAACUUUAAAAAAAAACCAUUUUAAACAUGUUGGACACUAAAAAACUGCAUGGGACAAAAAAAAACAACAACUUCUAUUACAAUAGUUACAGUACCUUCUGUCCACAAGUCCCAUAAAAAGAUUAUAUUUUUGAUUAGGAGUUUGAUUAUUGGACAUUAAUAAGUGUUUAUCAGUUUGAUUCUACUUUAUUUACAAUCAAACCUUUUAUUUUUAUUUUACCUAUGUGUUUCUAGCAGAAGUGAUGCCAAUAUGCCUUUUCAGAGACUUUAAGGAGUAAAGUGAUACUAGCGCUCAAAAAGCACCACCAUGGACAGCUCUUAGAUCUGCAAUGGGGUUCAAGAAUCAGGAGGAGGCAACGUGUCCUCAUCAAGCCUGACGGAACAACCCAACAGUCAUCAAAACAGCACUAAGAGUUGUGUUUUACGAAAAUUUGAAUCUGUCUGUCCAUAAAUUCUGCUUUUUACACUUUCUCAGGGAUGCUGGCAUCUGGGAAGCAACUUUUCAAUGGAAACGAAUCAAAAUACAAAAAAAUAAACUAAUAAAUAAAAAA